AUGGGCAAAAGGGUUUCUUCUUCUUCUUCUUGGUUGGGAAUAGAAAAUGUGUUUCUUUUGUUGGGAAUAGGUUUGAUUGUUUUUAGUAAUGGAGUGUAUGGGAUGUCCAAAGAAAGAAAAGCUUCCAUGGAAAUGGAAAUUGACAGAAAAUUGAAGCUUCUAAACAAGCCUGCAGUCAAGAGCAUUCAGAGUGAAGAUGGAGAUAUUAUCGACUGUGUUGACAUUCACAAGCAACCCGCUUUAGAUCAUCCUGCACUGAAAAAGCACGUUAUUCAGAUGGCACCCAAUUAUGUCCCAGAAGGGGUGUCUCCAGCAAUGAAGAAAGAGUCUUCCAAAGCUGGAGGGUCUGAGGUGAAACAGAUUUGGCAAAGAAGUGGAAGUUGUCCGAAGGGAACAAUUCCCAUUCGUAGAAUCCAAAAAAAGGACCUGUUGAGAGCUGCUUCUCUUCAACACUUUGGGAGGAAGCCCCCUUCCCAUCCUUUCCAAGAAAAUACUAUUAAACCUGACAAAUCAUUAGGUCCUAACGGCACAGAUGUCCCAGUCGGUCCCGAAACCAAUCGAUCUAAAGCGGUCCUACUUUCCUAUGAAUACCAAUUUUUAGGAGCGAGCGGGGCGAUUAAUGUCUGGAAGCCAACAGUUGAUUUACCUGAUGAUUACAGUAGUGGUCAAAUUUGGCUGAAGAGCGGCAACCUGUCAAAUUAUGAUAGUGUGGAAUCAGGAUGGGUGGUGUACCCGGCCUUAUACGGCAAUGAUCAGCCUCGAUCGUUCAUACACUGGACUAGUGAUGCAUAUCAUACUACAGGUUGCUUUGACCUCACCUGUGCAGGGUUUGUGCAAACUAACAACAAAAUAUCAUUUGGCACGGCUUUGGACCCCGUGUCGGUUGCAUCGGGACCGCAAUACGAGAUUGGUGUUAGCAUUUAUAUGGAUCCGGUCACUUCUAACUGGUGGUUAGACUACGGAUCUGAGACCAAAGUAGGGUAUUGGCCAGGCACCCUUUUUGACAAUUUAAAGUUCAGUGCCAUAGUGGCUGAAUGGGGAGGAGAAGUUUAUAGCUCAAGGGUGUUGAACUCUCAGGCCAAUCACACCACAACACAAAUGGGGAGUGGAGCUUUUCCAACUAGCCUCUAUGGCAUUGCAUCCUAUGUUGCUCGCAUUAGGGACUUGGAUUUUUCUCUUCAAUGGAAGUAUCCGGUAGAUAAAGAAACUUAUGUAUCUGAGCUUCAAUGCUAUAAUACCUUUAAUGCUCUGAGCGGACCAGGGGACGAACCACGAUUAUUUUUUGGAGGGUCUGGUCAUUGUUGA